UGUUUCAUAAAAAUGUGAUGUUUCCCUUCCUGGCAUAUAACACAGUAUUAGUCAGUACUAGUCAAGUUUUUAUGUGACCCUAACCAGUGCUAUUUUUUCUUGUUGUCUUUCAAAAUACUUCAUUUUCUUAGCUGUUCAUGAGAUUACAAAAGUCCUGCAAUUAAGUUUCUGGAAAGCUUUCCUGAUUUAUUUCCUACUCUUACGAGCAGUGAUUCUUGUAUUUCUGAAGACCAUCUCAAGAGAUAAACUAAUGUGGAAGAAGUUUCAAGUUAGGCUCGGCCAUAACUUCAGAAAUGGUGAAUGAACAUAAGAAAAUCUUUCUACUGAAGGGGCUAGAGGCCAUCAAUGAAUAUCAAUUUAACAUAAUUAAGUCUUUACUGGCCCAUGAUUUACAACUGACUAGAAAAACGCAAGAAGAAUAUGAUAAAAUUAAGAUUGCAGACUUAAUGGAAGAAAAGUUUGGAGGUGCUAAGUGUGUGGACAUUCUAAUAGAAUUGUUCAAUGAUAUACCGCAACUUAAAUGCCUUGCUAAAACUCUUAGAUAUGAGAAGUCAAAAGUUGCGAAGAAAAUCAAAGCAAAAGAAACAACUUCUAUGAAAAAGAGCAGGCAAGAGGAAGCGGAUUCAGUGACACCGGCAGCCACCACAAGUAAUGCUGUGACAUCUGAAAGAGUAGAGGAGACUCCUGGGGGCCAGAAAAGGAAAAACACAACCAAAGAGAAGUCUGGAAUCAAACGGAAUAAAGUUUCCCAGGAGCAGACUCAGUCUCCCUGUCCUUCUGGAGCCAGCAUAUCUGCCACCUUGGGCCACCCUCCACCUCUCCAGAUCUCAUCCUCAACUCCACCCUCCACUUCCUUACCUGAGGUACUUUCUUCCUGCUCUACUUUUCCUUCAUUUUCUUCAACCCAAAACAUAGGAGACAAUCUCAAGAUUCUGAUCUUGUGUUCUACUUAA